AUGGAUUCAGAUGACUACACUCCUUCUAUAUGUGAAGAAUGCCUAUCCUCAUCUUUCAAUAUUAGGAUGACUAGAGUACCUAAUGGCGCUAAAUGUAGGAUUUGCACUUUAUCGUUUACGUUAUAUCAUUUCAAGAAGGAUGAGAGAUCAUCGGUAAUUAUCAAGACAAAUAUAUGCCACCGUUGCUCUGAACAAAGACACGUUUGUCAGUGUUGCUUGAUGGAUCUCACGUGGGGAAUCUCUAUAAAAGAGCGUGAUGAAAUUCUUUCUAUUGUUAAUGGUAGUGAUUUCAAGACCGUAGAAGCCAAAAAUGAUAUGAUGAAGAAAUUCCUGACUUUGAAAAAAGAUGCUAAACUAGGAGGUGCCAAGAUAACAAGUGACUCAGCAGAAUUGAGUAAAAUGAUGGAAAAAUUGGAAGAAGUCCUAAAAUCGAAAGAUGAACUUUACUUGAAGAAAGGUAAGACGAAUAAAAUUCGGGACAAUGAUGGUUUCCAAAAUGUGGAUAUUUCACACAUUUUAAAGAAACUACCUUUGAAGGAAUCCUUUACCAAGACAGGAAAUCCAUCUACAUCCUUUCUGCUUUAUAAUGUCGAUGCAUCUAUACCAGAGUGGAAAAUUUCUGAAAAAAUCUCUCAGAUUGUGAAUGAGAAGGAGUGGAAACACGUGGGUUCGAAAUCAUUAAUUAUAAAUCAUAAAGCAAAAGUAGGCGGAAUACGCUUCAAAAAUGAUGAAUUAAGUACAAAAUUUACUGAUGAACUAAUCUCCAAUGAAGAUUACUUGAUAGUCAAGAAAGGUGGUAAUGGCAAUUUACAGAGAGGGAUAUUGAAAAUCGGUCAUUUCCAAAUUUUUGUGAUUCCGUGGUCAUCAGGUUUCUCAGUGAGUUCAUUUGGUAAUAACGUAAGAGAGAAUAUGAAAUUAGCAUUAAGCUUCCAAAAAUUAAUUUCCAAUGAAGUUAAUUUGCAUAAUGGCGAUGACAGACAUCAAGCUAAGAAAGAAAAUUUGAAAAAAAUUAAUAAAAUCACAAAAAAAUCAAACAAAAAAAACGCUAGACGUAUUGCUUCGUUAGAAUUAUGA